AUGCUUAAAACAUUAAAGUAAUUUGGAAUUCUAUAAAAAUCAGACGAAGAAAAAGAAAUUGAAUUUGCAAUCUAAAUGAAAAUUCUAGAAAGUAGAAGGACUGAUUAUUCAACUGAAUCAUAUGAUUAAGCUAAAAGUAAAGUUUAAAUACAGGAAUAAUAAAUCACUGCUGUUGAACCUUUAGAAUAAACUUUACUUAAAAGUGCUAGAGUCUAACAAACUGUUUAGUAAGCAUUUAUUGAUUUAUCAAGAAAGGUUCAAACUAUUUAAAUUCAAAAAUAAUCUAAGCUUUUUACAGAAGUUAAACGAUUUGCUAAUAACUAUUUUGAAACUAAUUAAGGUUUAGAAUACCUGAAAUAUGCUCUUGAAGAUCAACCAAUUAAAAAAUAAAAACAAAAGUUUGUCUAAAUCAAUGAUGACCAUUAUAGCUUCAAUAAAUUGAAUAAUUUGAUAAUCAACCUGAAAGUAUUGUACCUUUAGAAAAACCACCUUGGCCAUAAUAUAAUGAUAAUCUUACAAAAGUCAUUAUUUAACCAUCAGCCUUCACUUAAGCUGAAAUAGAUGAAGAAAUAAGGCUUAAAAAAAUAAAUGAUGAUUCACUUAAAUAUAGAAUGGCUAAGCGAAAAGAUAUAGAUGUCUAUGGAAAAUAAAGAAAAGAUAAUAAACUUGUUCCAUAUUAAAAACUAAUCCAAAAUUAGAACUUAAUCAAAAAUAUAUAUUAACUGAUGCUACUACUGAUAAUCGUGUUAAUAAUGAAAUAAAUUGGAUAAGUAAAUAUUUUUUAAUAUUUUAUUUUUAGAUUCCUUAGGAUUAGUCAGAGAAGUCUUCAUACAAGUUACUACGGAAAAGUUAGGCCAAUUUUCUGAUGAGUUCUAAAUCUUAUCUAAACAUUCUAUUUAUACUAUUCCAAUAAAUGGAAAUGUUCUCGAAUAACCAAUCUAUGAUAAACUUAAUUCUGAACAAAUUAAACCUCUCUAAUAAACCUUUAUUGAAGAAAUAAGUUAAAGAUUUGUAAUUGGUAUUAUUUUGCAUUACAAUAAUUAGUAAUCAAAAUAAUCCAUCAAAAUCAAAAGUAAGAAGACUAAUCAUUUGAUGAUGAAAAUUGAUUGCAAUUAAUCUAUUUAUAAUAAUUAAUUAAUUAUUUAAAACUAAUUUUUAUAUUUAUAGAUUAUUAGUUUUUAUUUAUUUUCUUUUAUACAUUGA